AUGGCAUCAGCUGCAUGGAAACAAGCAUGCAUGACAUGUUACAAAAGUGGAGGUGUUGCAACUUGUGGUGGAUGUCAAAGAUGGUUCUGCGGAAAACACUUCAUCGAACAUCGUCAUGAAUUGACCGCAAAAAUGGAUGAUAUUGGACAAGAGCAUGAUCUUCUUCGACGAGAUCUUCUUCAAGAAAAUAAUGUACAAUCUCUUCUAUCUCACAUAGAUGAUUGGGAAAAAAAGUCCAUCAAAAACAUUCAAGAAGCAGCAGAGAAAGCUCGAGCCGAUGUGCGCGAAUUGAUUGAACAUAGCAAACAACAAUUACACCCAACUCUUCGUCAAGUGGCUGAACAGCUCCAAUUAAGGCGAGAAUCCGACGACUACACAGAAAUAGAUUUGGAGCACUGGGUUGAAAAGCUGAAAGAAAUUCGAAAGCUACUAGAGGAAUACUCAUCGAUUGAAAUUUCCGAGAAUGUUCCAACGCAGUCGCUCGUCGGUCGGAUACAAGUAAAGCAGCCUAAAACAAAACAAAAUGAAAACCAUUUAAUGGAAGAAAACUUUAUUGAAACAAUAUCGAGUAAGUGA